CCUAGCAGUUUGUGACGUCAGCCUAGUUGUUUGGAAGAAGGAGAAAAAUAAAAGAGCUAAAAGAGGGGCUAGUGGAUCUGCUUUUGCCGGUUUUGGACUCGCUUUUACGCAGAAUAUUGUGUAAGCUAAACAUCUGGGAGAUAUGUCUACGCCAGCCAGGAGGCGACUAAUGAGAGAUUUUAAAAGGCUCCAAGAAGACCCUCCAGCUGGUGUAAGUGGAGCACCUUCAGAAAACAACAUUAUGGUAUGGAAUGCAGUAAUAUUUGGGCCUGAAGGAACACCAUUUGAAGAUGGAACAUUUAAGUUAGUGAUAGAAUUUUCUGAAGAAUACCCAAACAAACCUCCAACAGUCCGAUUUAUCUCAAAAAUGUUCCAUCCCAAUGUGUAUGCUGAUGGAAGUAUAUGUCUAGAUAUCCUACAAAACCGCUGGAGUCCUACAUAUGAUGUUUCAUCUAUUUUGACCUCUAUUCAGUCACUCUUGGAUGAACCCAAUCCCAACAGUCCAGCCAACAGUCAAGCCGCUCAACUGUACCAAGAAAACAAACGGGAAUAUGAGAAAAGGGUAUCAGCGAUUGUAGAGCAAAGCUGGAAUGACUCCUAACAACAACGAAAGUACUUCUCACCACUGUUAGAAACUCAAAUCUUUCAUUUACCUCAUUGAAAGAAAAAGUCAACAAAGAGUGCCACAGAUUUAAAAAGUGACUUUAACUUGCUUGCCAACUUGUUUGACAAAUAUCAACCAUUGAAGUUUGUGUUUUUAAUUUGUUCUUUUUAUUGCAUGAUGUGAAAUAAGUUAUUGCUAACAAUGUGUAAUAUAUCUUUUUUUUCUUUGUUGAAUUGAUGCUGUUACUGUUCAUUUUCUACAAAAUCAUUUUAAUGUUUCUGUUCAAUUCUGACUGGAGUAUACUGAUUUGUCAGAUUUUUUUUUUUU